CCCUAGAGAGAGAAUCUUGAUCUUUAGAGAGAGAAUCUUAAUCUCUAGAGAGAGAAUAUUUAGAGAGAGAAAGCAUCUCUCUUCAAUUCCUGAACUAGACUCACCUGGCGUCUCUUUUAUAAGAAUAUAUGGAGCCCAUGAUCAAGAGGCCCCGCUCUGAGGAUGUUGGGUCUGGUACAAACCCUAGGGUUUCUGAGACCCAUGAAUGGAGCAAUGGGGACAUGGAGUGCAGGCGUUACAACACUCCAGAAGGUUGCCCUUUUGGCUCCAACUGUCGAUUCAGGCAUGGAGCUUCUGAUAAUAGAGAUAUCAGUCAGCAGAACAUGUCUUUGGGAGCAAAGCCAAAACCCUGCAUGAAGUUCUUCAGUACAUCUGGUUGUCAAUUUGGGGAGGCUUGCCAUUUCCUUCAUUAUGCUCCAGGAGGGGUCAGUUCCAUAGCUCUAAACCUUCUCUCCUCUGGCACGGCUGCCUCCUCCAUUAGGAAACCCUCUGGACCAGUAGGAGACCCAAGCUUCACAGUCAAUGGCUACAAAACAAAGCUCUGCAAUCGCUUCGGCACUUCUGAGGGCUGCCGAUUUGGCGAAAAGUGCCACUUUGCUCAUGGGGAAAAAGAGCUUCGAACCCCUUCAAACUCUUCUAAAGGAAAUGUUUCAUACUUUGAUUCUUAUGGCAAUAAUAAUAAUAGCUCAGAUUUGAACUCUCAGGGUUAUUCAGAGCCAAACCCACCUGGUGUACCUGCCGAUGAAGCUUCAGCAAAUUACCCGGCUGAUCUUGUUGAGGCAAAUGUGCCUGUGUAUUGAUACGAAAACAGGAGAUAGCGUGAUUUUGUUACUGGUUUUUUAUGAGCAGGUUGACCAUUUAUUAAGGAAUUUUUUAUCAGCUUCAGGUAAUCCUUUUCUGUUUAUGCCCGAUGUUUUACUCUGUUUUUGUUGAUCUGUAGAACCUGUGUUGUGUUUUAAGCUUGAUGUAAGGAAUUCCUUUUCUAUUAUUGUCAUGGGAUGUGAAUCUAUAGUGAUAGUAAGGCACUGUACUGAGAAAGAAAUAAGAGACAUGCCUAAUUGGGUGACUUUGCUAUA